UGGCGUGAGAUGAACAAUGUAUUUAUCAAUAUUUGGAAAUUCUUCAAGUUUGUUCACGGAAUUAUUUCAGAAAAAAUGCUGGCUGGUAGAAAAAAUGAGGAAGUGAUUGAGGGAAAUUCUGGUAGUGAUUAUCUGGGAAUCAUGGAUGGAAAUUCGUUUAGGAAUUUUUCUCUGGUAGAUCUGCCAGGCAUUUGUGGUGAACUGGAGUGCAUCGUGAAUAAUCUCAAAAACUCAACUAAUAUUGAGUACCUCUUAUACGAUUAUCCCGGAAUCCUUGAGGAACGCUUGAGGGACAAUAUAGGGGAGAUUGAAGUUCUACUGAAGGAGAUAAAAAGUGUAAAUUCCAAUAUUCAGCAGCUGAACCAGCAGCAUCUUCUCUUCUCCAAAGAACAAAUUUCACUAAAGAAAACUCUCAAGAAACUCAAAGACAAUGAAAUUCGAGAGAUGGAGACUGUGGUUUCUCUUUUUGAUAACGCGAUGUUUAUCCAAUGGGAGAAUGCUAAAAACAGCCGGAAAGUAGAAGUCCUCGAGCGGUUUCUGUCAGAUGUUAUGAGUAAACAACUAGCUCUGGAAAAUCUAAACAUUUUGGCGACGAGGAAGCUGACGAAUUUGAAAAAAUAUCCUAAGGGAAAAGUCACGAAUACCAAGUUCAUAGAGAGUAAUUCAGCCCCAACUCUCUCCCCUGAAAAUCCUGAAGUGCAAAAAAUUCCGCCAGCUCCACCCCUGCCGCACUGGCCUCUCCCUAAUUUCACAAACUGCAAUCUUUUUUUCCCAACAGACGAUCCAAACAGAAUAACAUCAAUAGAAGAGUUGGACUGACUCCAGAAACUUCUCUUACCGACUCAGUAAUGACCCAUGGCAGUUUAGGAAGAAAACUGAGG